AUGUUCUUCCAAACUGCGCAAAUUCGAGUGUCAAGAGCCAGUACCGAAAGACACUAUCAGCCGUUGGCCUUUCGGUCUGCUGAUACCCAGCUUCUCGAUCUGCCAGAAAAUCAAACUAAAGCCCAGGGUACCAGAAUAGAUUUUGCGGCUGAGUUUGACAACGCUUUAUCUUGGCUUUCUAUCCGUGGCCGUUUUGCUGAUAUGUACUGGCUGGUCUCCAGCAAAGACUUCAGGAAUUCUUGCAACAAAUGCAACGAAUAUGUCGAUCAUUUUGUUCAACUUGCUCUCAACAGAAACUCACUGGCCAGAGAUCAAGACAAAGAUGACUCAACCGCCAUCAAGAAGAGAUACAUUUACCUGGACGCCCUUGCAAAGGAAACACAAGAUCCCAUUGAGCUUCGUUCUCAGUGCUUACAUUUGAUGCUAGCAGGUAGAGACACGACGGCCUCAUUACUAGGAUGGUUGUUUCUUUUAUUCGCUCAAAAUCCCAAUCACUAUCAAAAGCUGCGUAAUAUCGUCAUCGAAAACUUUGGAACAUACCAAAAUCCUUUGGAAAUAAACUUCUUGGACCUCAAAAAUUGCCGAUUUCUCCAACAUUGUUUGAAUGAAGCUUUGCGACUUUAUCCACUUGUACCAUUCAACGUCAGACAAGCAAACAAGGACACAACCCUACCACAUGGCGGUGGAAAGGAUGGAAAAUCGAAAGUCUUUAUUCCAAAAGGGUCAAUAGUUGAAUACAGUGUUUUCGCCAUGCAUCGUAGAAAGGAUAUAUGGGGUGAUGACGCCGAGGAGUUUCGACCUGAGAGAUGGGAAGGAAAGAAAGUGGGAUGGGAAUUUUUACCUUUUAAUGGCGGUGCAAGGAUUUGUAUCGGGCAGCAAUUUGCCUUGAAUGAAGCCGGUUACGUUACUGUAAGACCCCCCCAGAGGUUUGAUAUAAUUCGAGAUAUGGCAACGGACUCAGUUGUGAAACAUGAACUCAAACUCACGAAUUCCUCUGCCAACGGUGUUAAAGUUAAGCUACAUACUUCCACUGUUUGA